AUGCCCACUACAUUUCAACGUCCAAAAGAAGCUAAAGCCACCAAAGCUCCCACAGCCGCCAACGCCAUCAAGCACCGCAAGUCCCACAAAAAGCUGAGACUCGGCUGCGACAAUUGCAAGCAGCGCCGUAUCAAAUGCGACGAACUGUUCCCCCAGUGCCUGCGGUGCACCAUCCACAAGGUCCAGUGCAGUUACCAGAGUCUAUCUCACAAGGAGAAGCGGGACUUUCUCCGGGAAAAAUACUACUUGCCGUUAACUCCCGACCCUGACGAUGAAACCGAUACUGGCGAAGACUCCCCUGAACCGUCCAGUACCUCCAGUUUGCCCGUGGCGCUGUUGUUUAGCCACUGUGCCUCAAGUCCCCCUGCUACCGACGAUAGCGAAGUCGACGUCGACGAUAUCCCCUGGGACCAGCUCUACGCCGCUCUUCCCGACAAUUAA